UCUUCCGCGGCCCCGCCCACCGCUACGUCUGCCUUCGCCCCGGAAGUGGAAGUCGUGCUGAGGUCAGAAGGCGGAACCGCUGCUGGGAGACGGCGGGAUCUAUUUCGCCAUGGCUGCCGGGCCGAUCUCCGAGCGGAACCAGGAUGCCACUGUGUACGUGGGGGGCCUGGAUGAGAAGGUUAGUGAACCGCUGCUGUGGGAACUGUUUCUCCAGGCUGGACCAGUAGUCAACACCCACAUGCCAAAGGAUAGAGUCACUGGCCAGCACCAAGGCUAUGGCUUUGUGGAAUUCUUGAGUGAGGAAGAUGCUGACUAUGCCAUUAAGAUCAUGAACAUGAUCAAACUCUAUGGGAAGCCAAUACGGGUGAACAAAGCAUCAGCUCACAACAAAAACCUGGAUGUAGGGGCCAACAUUUUCAUUGGGAACCUGGACCCUGAGAUUGAUGAGAAGUUGCUUUAUGAUACUUUCAGCGCCUUUGGGGUCAUCUUACAAACCCCCAAGAUUAUGCGGGACCCUGACACAGGCAACUCCAAAGGUUAUGCCUUUAUUAAUUUUGCUUCAUUUGAUGCUUCGGAUGCAGCAAUUGAAGCCAUGAAUGGGCAGUACCUCUGUAACCGCCCUAUCACCGUAUCUUAUGCCUUCAAGAAGGACUCCAAGGGUGAGCGCCAUGGCUCAGCAGCCGAACGACUUCUGGCAGCUCAGAACCCGCUCUCCCAGGCUGAUCGCCCUCAUCAGCUGUUUGCAGAUGCACCUCCUCCACCCUCUGCUCCCAAUCCUGUGGUAUCAUCAUUGGGGUCUGGGCUUCCUCCACCAGGCAUGCCUCCUCCUGGCUCCUUCCCACCCCCAGUUCCACCUCCUGGAGCCCUCCCCCCUGGGAUACCCCCAGCCAUGCCCCCACCACCUAUGCCUCCUGGGGCUGCAGGACAUGGCCCCCCUUCGGCAGGAACCCCAGGGGCAGGACAUCCUGGUCAUGGACACUCACAUCCUCACCCAUUCCCACCGGGUGGGAUGCCCCAUCCAGGGAUGUCUCAGAUGCAGCUGGCACACCAUGGCCCUCAUGGCUUAGGACAUCCCCACGCUGGACCCCCAGGCUCUGGGGGUCAGCCACCGCCCCGACCACCACCUGGAAUGCCUCAUCCUGGACCUCCUCCAAUGGGCAUGCCCCCCAGAGGGCCUCCAUUCGGAUCUCCCAUGGGUCACCCAGGUCCUAUGCCUCCACAUGGUAUGCGUGGACCUCCUCCACUGAUGCCCCCCCAUGGAUACACUGGCCCUCCACGACCCCCACCCUAUGGCUACCAGCGGGGGCCUCUCCCUCCACCCAGACCCACUCCCCGGCCACCAGUUCCCCCUCGAGGCCCACUUCGAGGCCCUCUCCCUCAGUAAAUUCGCAUUUUCCUUCCUCCUGUUACAUCUUCCCAAUAUCUUUUCUAUUCCUUGGACCAAUCAGAGAUGCUGUAGCUCCUUGGGGCUAAGGUACUAAUCCCUUUCAGCACCCCCACUCCAUUCUCCUUUUUAAUGUAACUUUUUCCACAGGAGGUAUUUCUUUUUUAUGUUGGUCCUGAGUAUUUUGCAAAUGCACAGAGAAAAUAAAACUAAACUCCUUGUUUA